GACUCAGCGCACCAUUACCCUUAACGCGGAGACAUGCACCGACGACGUGGCCGUCCGCAUCGUCAACUUCUGGCGCGCCAGAUUGAAACAUUUCUUCUGCCGUUGGCUUGGCAGCGAAGGUGCGGCCAUAGACGGGGCCGAAGGGGCCUGGUCACUCGCGGAGCCCACGGAGAUAUGUGCAACCGCGGAUGGAGGCCCUGCCGUCGUGCGCAACCGCAUCGACGGGGCGCGAG